AUGAAACAAAGUGAUACUAGCUCUUAUAGGAGCAGUAGAAGUGGACUUGGUACGGGCACUUCUACUAGAAAUACUUCGAGUGGAAGCUCUUUAGCGACUUGCAGGAUGACCUAUACUGGUAUACCUCCCAAUCCUAUUCGAGAUAGUAGAAAAGAUGUAACGGUUUCUGGAUAUGGAAAUUCUUUCUUGAAGAAAGACAAGGUCGAGAAAAAAGGCACAUUGAAAUAUUCGUGUAGCAAAGAGAUAGAAAAGAAUAGAUUGAAUCCGAGAAAAAUAGAAGAUGUUAGUGCAAAGAGUCCGUUGUCCGAUAGUAGAUCAUUGCUUCUAGAAAAGUACUCCUAUUCGGGCAGUAAGAACGUCGAAAAGCCAUCUUCUUUCUUGAAUAGAUACAACCGUGGAUCUACCCGUGAAAAGAGCAAAGAACCGGAAGGAAUAUUGCGGUACAAUUCCAGUACGUAUCCUGGUUCGGGAUUAGGUAGGAACUAUAGCAAUAGCAGUAUAGAGGGAAGAAGUGAAAGGAAGGAGAGAAGCGAGCAUCCACCCGUUUCCUACAGGACUUUACGGACGAAUUCAGGAAGAACGUCACGCGAAACGAGUCCAGAUAUUGGCGUUGAAAAGGGAAAUUCUUUUCGAGUAUAUUCCAGACCACCAUCGUCUUAUUCUCGUGCCGGAUCUGCCGGAAGUACGUCGACGGAAUAUAGUUCGACACCGAUCUCUUCAAAAUUCAGUUUAACAACGAGCUCUCGAUUUUCGUUGCCGUCUAGAAGUAACGAACGGUUACCGUCGGCUAUUAGCUACUCUGGAUCGGACAGGUACCGAACUUCCAGUAGCAAUAGCAAAGAAUUUUCUACUUCGGCGAAGACUAAGGCCGAAUGUUGUACGAAAGGCCCUGUCAAAUCCGAAGAAGAUUUGCAGGAUGAAGGUAGUAGAAAUUGGAAUGAUUGCGAGACCGAGAAUAGAAUCGAAGAGCUGGAAAAUAAUUGCAUCGUAAUGGUAAGUAGGGGUACGUCGCCGACCCCGCCUGCUUCCUCGAGUUUCGUACGAAACAGGAGAGCGGAUAUGGGAACAAUUGUGCAGAAAGAAAAAACUAGAUGUCGAAGAAAAGUUGAGAAAAAGAAUGAAGAAGUUCAAUGCGAUCGUUGCGAAGAAACACCCAAGUUUUCGAGGUUUGGUGCAAGUGCUGCCAGAGUUCCAGGCACCGGUUGGUCAUCUUACAUCGAUAAAUUUUCAUCAACGAGUUCGGCUUCGCCUGGAAACCCUACGGUAUACUCUUCGAGAAAUUUCAACGCUGCAACUGGUAGCAGCGGAGCUUUGGGAAACUGCGCAAGGAUCGGUGGCUUUGCAUUCUCAAGAGCUAACGAGAAUUCCACGAGUUCCCAAAACGAUCAACCACCCAAAGUAUCUCCGACGUGUAGUCAAGAACUUGAUAAUAAUCACCAUAGUAAAGAGCAGGAUAGAGAAGUCGUUACGAAGCACGAGCUUCUCCCUUUCUCGAGAAACAACAAGGAAACUUCUUUGCAAGCCGCUAAAGUCGAAGCUGUCUUCAAAGAUGAUGUCGACGUUAUCGUUAGAGAUCAAAAGGAUGAAAACAAGUGUAUCGAUAGAGAUCGGAUUAGCGAAAGGAAGGACGAGACGAAGGUAGAUCUACUGUCAAAUCCAAGAACGACGACGACAACGACAUUUCAUUCGAUCGACGUUCCCGAUGACUCUCGUGUCAAACAUUCUCCAGAUUAUUUGAAAAAUGAUCAAAUUUGUAGCACUUUGAAAAGCAAGGAAAUCGAAGAAAAAAGGUCAUCCUUGCAACGACUAAACGGAGCUUUUCCUAAAAGCGAGGGAAAACUCUCGAGAACGUCUUCGAAGUCGGAAUGUUCGACGAAGCCCGUCCAAGCUGUGCUACGAGAAAGGAAAGAUUCUACUCCCAAGCCGGAAAACAGUCUAUCCUUAAGAACUACUGAUUCUUUCAAACUGUUUGAUACUCAUCCUCAGGAAAAGAAGCAUGAGACUUCGCCGUCUAGAAAGGAAUCUCCUUCAAGCUCCUCUCAAAGUCGGUCUCGUAGUGGUUCGACGAAAAACAUGCCUCGACAAAUGAAACGAGCAGACUCUUCCGAAGGAUCCGCCGCGAGUUUGCCAACUGGCAGAUCUAAGUCAUCGUCAGGCGGCUCGAUGACGAAUCAGGGAUCAAAAAUAAAGACACCAACGCCGUCAUCGGCUUCCAGCUCUCGAUCGCAGUCGCAAUCCGUCGCCAAACUAUCCGCUACUGGCGGAUGUUCCGGCGCAUCGUCAGUGAAUUCGCGACGAGGGAGUUCUCCGGACGCACGAGGGAAACCACCUGUGCCAAAGAAUGAAAGUGCCGAUCGUGCUAUCUCCAAGAGCAUCGUCGUUGCUAAAUUCAUAAAUAAGGAUUUCAGAAAGUCGAGUUUAAACAUGGAAAAUCCUGAUCCUUCGUGUUCCAAAUACGAGAGAAUGAAAAAGCAAAGAAGUACGUCUGUCAGUUCUCAAGAUUCUGAAUCAAAUUUGGACGGAGCUCGACAAUUGGCACCUUCUUCGUCUUCGAUAUCCUUGAAAUCGAUGGGGACCAAGAUGAAAAUACCUUCGGGCAGAUCAAAGACUCCGUCCUCGUCUUUAUCUUCCUCGUCGUGUUCGCUUCGAAGAAACGACUCGAGCGGCUCGCCUAAACGCGACAAAUCGAGAAACGACGCGAAAUCGGCUUCUUUCUUGUCCGCCGAGAGGGAUCUCCAGCGAUCGGAGAGGUCUGAAUCGAGUGACAGCAGCGACUCCAAUUCCUCCAGUUCCUCGAGUAGCGAGGAAGAGACGGAGGAUCAACAACAAAAGGUUGCUGCUAGGAAAUGGAGAAGAGGAAACGAUUCGAAAUGGCCGAUUUGCGAGAACAAAGUUGACAAAACGAGUAUUGCGUCAUCGAGAACGAGCGCGCUUGCAUCUUCGGCAGACGAAAAUUCUCUGAGCGUGGAAAAACCACCUAGACCACCAUCCAGUCCAAGAUCGAGUCCUAGAUCGAGUCCUAGGCCUAAUUCAAGAUCGAAUCCUAGAUCGAGAAGCGACCGUUCGGGAAAAACGGAAGAAGCAAAAUCCUUCUUAAUGAGAGCUUUGGAACCCGUGACAAAUCUCUUUAAAAGCAAACAUCACGAUACCACUUGCGAUUCCGUAAUAUCAAGUGGUUGGCCCGAUUCCAACGAAGAGAAUCCCGAUAUGACGAAAAAGUCUGCCUCCUUUUCAAGAUCCAUUACGCAAGGCUCACCGAAGUCUCAGGGUUCCCAACAAUCCGAUAGGAUUUUCGAUAAUGAUCACGAUUUCAAGACGAGAAUCGAACAUCAAUCGUCCGGCGAGAGACCUUGGUGGUUGGAUCCUACGCUCGAUAAUGUGCCCGAGGGUGUUGAAAGGUUUAGUGGAUAUAAUGACGAUAUUAGCCAGGAAACUACCAUCAGUACCGUCCUACCCGACGACGGAAAGUUCAAGCCUAGAGUAUGGCGCCAGGAGUCUGGAGAAAGAGUUUGGUGGUUAGAGGAGAGCGAUGCUACUUCGGAAAAUGGAAAGAAAGAAACAACCCUUUCAUCCAGUCGAUCGAAAAAAACUUCGAGUCGUGGUAGUAAUAAAUCGAAAGAUCGUCCAAGGUGUAUCGGACAUCAACGAUCUGGUGAAAGAGCUUGGUGGAUGAGCGACGAUCCAGAGAGUGUCCCGGAGGGUGUUGAAGUGAUCGUUACACCAUCUACCCGCGAAGCCAAUCUUGAAAGGCUUGAGGUUGAUCGUAAGAGUCCAAAGAAAAUCAGACAUAUCGAGUCCGGUGAAAGAGCUUGGUGGAUGGAUAGCAGCUCGAAUGUUCCCGAAGGAGUCAUCAAGAUCCCGGUUGAAACUUCCAACGGUACUUCAGACUCCUCGGAGUCUUUCGAAAGGAUAGACAUCGGCGUUGACCCCGAGCCUGAAACCUACACCCGGAGAAGCCUCUCUAGAUUCCCUAUCGAGUUUCCAUUGCCACCGAGCUACGAACCGUUGGGAGAUCGAGCCAGUCCCGAAGGGGUAGAGAAUCCACCAGCUCCACCGCAUAACUAUCAUGGAAGGAUCUCGCCUUACGACAAUAUUCAACCACCUUCUCGUAGAUCAUCUCCGAGGAAACCGACUUCGUCUAACUUACAUUUCUUUAUUGGAGAAUAUACGAAUAUCGACGACUUUCUAGAUACAGCAACAACUACAACGAAUCAACGAAAUAGUCCGCUUUUGCGUCGUUCUAGAAGACAGGGCAAACUCGAAGAGGAAUCUACCGAGGAUACUUCCGAAUGUGAAGAAAUAGAUGCAACGCAGGUGAUCAUUCACGAUAGCACGCCGAAAACUCCAGUGAUACAGCGAAGACACAGUUGUUUCGAUCUUCCUAGUAAAGUUAAUAACAUAAGCGUUGCACAACACCUAUCAUAA